GCGCUGUAUGAAGCAUCAAGCGGAAAAGGGAAAGCAGCAGGUGAAAGUAGUCAGUGACUUGCUAGCCGCAAAGGAAAGGUUAACAUUAAUAUCCUAAUCAAAAAUCAUGUGAGAACAACUCGAUAUUCUAAAUUUUAACCAACUCAGAAGAAUCCUAUUGUUAAUUGGCAAUUAUUUGUGAAAGAAGAUGCCAUUUAAGGUCAUCCUCAUUAGCUUGAGUUGGGGUGGUAAAAAUAUGCUUGGCUCCACCCAUAUCUUCCAACUAUAUUAGGAUUGCAAUUGGAGUUGACCUUAUUCUGAGAAGAGAUUCGAACCGAGCAGACCUGAGGCAUUCUCUGAUGAAGGGUCUCGGCCCGAAACGUCAGCUUUUGUGCUCCUGAGAUGCUGCUUGGCCUGCUGUGUUCAUCCAGCUCCACACUUUGUUAUCUUAGACCUGAGGCGUUCGACCAUUCGCGUCUGCUCCUCCGUUCCAUACUUUCCAUUUCAUCUCCUCAGCUGGAGAAAGCCAUGUACACUGCCCAGAAAUGGCAUCGGAUUAGCGUGGGGUACGGAGGUCCUGAAGAUUUCUACCCCCUGAAACAUGUGAGUCACAAACAAUGGGGUAGAGUCUUCACUUUUCCCGACUCCGCUUUACCUGAUGUAAAAAUUGAUGAUCUACAAGAUAGCGAACGAAGCUCAUUCUUCAUUUUAAACGUUAUCCAUGUCACGGACUUCGUUGGAGUCAAGGGUAUCCUCGCUGACCAAUGCAUGAAGAAAGCUAAGAAAAAGAAAAUAGGAGAAAAUCUGAACGUCCGGUUCUCGUGGUGGCAUGUCGAAGCUAACCAAAGGGGAAAGGAGGAACAGAAGGAGAAAUACAAAGAAGACACGGAAAAGUGGCUAACAGAAAAAACAGGCAAACAGCCCCGAGAUGUGGGGGAUUUGCUGGACGCCCUGUUGAAGCAAUAUAUCAGCUCUCCUGCUUUUCUGGAAGUAUCCAAUUACGGUAAUUUCAAAUUCACCUACAAUAUCAACGAUCUAAUCGAUGAAUAUAAGAAAUCAGUCUGUCAGGGGAAAGAUCCCGAGUUUAGAGUAUUGGGAACCUUCAGAUAUGAUCUCGAGUUGAUGCACGUUGUGGCUGUCUCCCCUCCCUGUGUCAAGAUAUUCGAGCACUGCCCUCCCCUCCCUUCUGAAGUGAUUUCCCAGGAAGGUUCCAAAUGGAUGUGGAAACCAGAAUCCACAGGUUCUGAAAUCCGAGUGCUCAAGGAGGACGGCGAUGGGAAUUGGACGGUCAACGAUUGUUGCCCAGACGCUCGUUCCUGGGAUUAUCUGAGCUUUGCUUUCUACUUGCCAGAUGAGAAACCGGAGUUCCCGGUCCCUCUGGAGUGUAAACAUCUCACUGUCUGCGAAAUGGAGAAGAGUCAAAGAUUCCGCAAAGUGUAUCUGCCCCGAGAUAAAGCGGAGGAGAUCUGCAGAUCUCUCUGUCCCCUGAACUAUGGAACUGUGGAGAUGUAAACAACUCGAAAUUGAAUCAUCUAUUUGGAUUCUUCGAGAAUGCCUGUAAUGCACCGCGCAAUAAUUUCAAAUGUAUUUCGCUCUUGUACGCUACUGGCUUAUUGACUACUGUCGCGUCCUGCAGACUUCCUGCAAUGUCAGGGCAGUUUACUUGAAAGAUUAAAUGUUCUGAGAAAGGGGAAGGGAGUGUUUGUUUUGUUUACCGGCUCCAUUUGCCACAUUUCUGUAGCACUUUCUGUUUCUCUUUCAAAUCUCCAGCAUCCGGAAUGCUUUGUAGUUAAAGGAAGGCUAUAUAUAAAGUACUCAGGCGUGGGACAACAUAUUUCAGUU